AUGGAUGUCUACCAGCUGGCCCUCAGCCGUGCCCAGAGCGCGCUCAGGGCUGAGACCAGCAGGGACGAGAUGCAGAAGGACAGGGUGAUUGCCGGACCCUACCUGGCCUUAGGAAAUGGAUGGUCCCACUUGGGGUGCAAGUUCUUCAGUCUGACCGAGACCCCGGAGGAUUACACCAUCAUUGUCGAUGAGGAGGGCUUCCUGGGACAGCGGGAGGACGGGAGGGGGAUGCUGGUUCUGGGCACAGAAUUUCAGAGUGAAGGGGCCGGUGCCCCCAGCCCCACUCCAUCCGGGGAUCAUGGUACACUCACUUCAUUGACUCCUCAUCCCCAGGUGCGUGAGCGGGACCUGCCCUUCGUCACCCACACCUUGUCAUCAGAGUUCACCAUCCUGCGGGUCGUCAAUGGCGAGACGGUGGCAGCUGAGAACCUCGGCAUCACCAAUGGCUUUGUGAAGCCCAAGAUGGUCCAGAGGCCCGUCAUCCACCCACUGUCCAGCCCGAGCAAUAGGUUCUGUGUCACCAGCCUGGACCCCGACACACUGCCCACCGUUGCCACACUCCUCAUGGACGUCAUGUUUUACUCCAACGGAGUGAAGGACCCGCUGGCGUCCGGCGAUGACUGCGACCACAUCCGCUUCUUCUCCUUCUCCCUCAUCGAGGGUUACAUCUCCCUGGUGAUGGAUGUGCAGACCCAGCAGAGGUUUCCUAGUAAUUUGUUGUUCACGAGCGCAUCUGGGGAGCUCUGGAAGAUGGUGCGGAUCGGAGGACAGCCUCUGGGAUUUGAUGAGUGCGGCAUCGUGGCCCAGAUCUCCGAGCCCUUGGCUGCCGCAGACAUCCCUGCCUACUACAUCAGCACCUUCAAGUUUGACCACGCACUGGUACCGGAAGAAAACAUCAACAGCGUCAUCAGCGCCCUGAAAGUCAGCCAAGCAGAGAAGCACUAGAAGGGCCCCUUCCGCUCCUCCCCAUCCGCGUCCCCUCCCCAGGCCUGGACCCGGCCCCACCCUGAAGACUCUUCUUGCAGUAUUUCUCAACAGACUGGAAAACCGGCCCCGGGGCCCCCAGAGGUGGGGUCUCUAGGAGACACCCCCCGAUGGCUGACCCCGCCAGGCCUGGACCCAAGCCAAGGCCUCCCCAUGCCCUUCUCCUGCCUUCCUGGAGCCCCCAGACCCUCCAGAGAGCACGCCCUCUCCUCCUCCCCCACCCUCACUCCAGAAAAUGAUGUCCAGGGCCAAGAGAGCUUCUCCGCUGACCCACCUUCUCGUCCAGCCUCACCCACGGCCGAGGGCAAACGCCAAAGGAAGCUGGUGCCUCCGGGACACUGGGGUACCGAUUCUCGCGUCAUCUUGGGGGGCUGGCUGAGCAGGGCCGAGUUCAUAGAGCCGGGGAAGGCCCUCAUGAGGGCAGGGGCUCUGGACCCCAUCUUGUCUCUGGUCCCAUCGGCUCUGGGCUGGUCCCUGCAGAGUGGAGGCCAGUGGGCGGCUCUCUAAUCCUGUGCUGGUGAAGCUCUGAGGGUGGGGCCCUGAGCUGGGGGGGACCUCGGCCACCCAGAACCUUCCUUGGCUGCCAACCACAGGGCCUGUACCCCGACUCCCAGCAAGACUGCCAAGGGGGCCCUGUCCAGACCUUCCCCACCACAAGCGCUCAUCCUGGGGGGUGGGGGGGUGGUUCCCAGGAGACCCACCAGCCUGGGGCAACAGCUCCUAUCCCGUCUGCUUUCCCCGGACCCUCCUGGGGCUGGCAGAGCCUCAGUUUUCCCCAAGUGGGGGCAUCCCCAGCAUUCUGAGCUGGGGUUUUCUUAGGUCACCCCCACCUCCCCAGCAAUCAACGAGACCAGCACAGGGCUCCCCCAACGUCCUGCCCUCCUCUCCCUGCCCCGCUUGUGGGGGAACAUGGAAGGCCCCUGCCCCCAACUCGCCCGCCCGCCCACCCCUCUGUCCAGGGACCGUGGGGUUCAUGAGAAUUUGACCUGGGAGGCAGCUUAUCUGAGCCUUAAUAGAGAAAACCAUACCUUGUAGCUUCCUAUUUAAUGUGUUUGUUACCCAGGCUGCGACUGGCAAUAGUUUCAGGGGACAGGGCCUGCAGACGCUGUCGGGACCCAAAGUGUGACAUCGCUUGGUUUGACAUCCUGUGGCUCCAGGGACAGGCUUGAGAAUCGGAGCUGCCGCCAGGGGCCUUGGCUUUCCCUUCAGAGCAGGCAGCUGGGAGCAGAGGUCAGUUACGAUCCAGGGGUCCCCAGGGGCACCCCACACAGAGCUGCCAGGGCAGAGUGGUUCUAAGCACUGUUCUAAGCGUGUCUAACCACUCUGAAGGUUAGUGGUUUUAACCUUCAGAGGAAGGUUUGACGGGCUGUGGGCAGACGGACAGCCAGGUGGCAGACCAGCCCCCACCCCGGAGAACAGGGCGACGCCCCUGCCUCCUCCCCAGCUGGCGGUGUUGUCUGGGCCAUCCCUGAGAAGCUGGGAGGAGAGGGGCCAUUCUCUUGACCGGGUGAAGCCCCACUCUCCCCCUUCUCCAGGCCACAUGGGACCCUCUGAGCCCUGGAAACCCACCCAGUGAUGGAAGCGUGUCUCUGAAUCCUUACAGAUGUUCAGAGCCCAAGCACUGAUUCGGAACCUCUUUUUUGGAAGUCAUUUUGCACAAAACUCCAGAAAAACCAAAACAUGUCAGUUGUUUGCUGGUUCCAAAACCGGGGUGACCGUGUGGGCAGGGCAGCCUCCCACGUCCUGAGCACCCCCUCUGUUCCGGGAAGGCCUUGAUUUUUCUGUGGUGUACCCUCCAGACCCCUUCCUGUCAGCUCCUGCCCGUGUCGCUCCCCCGCCUCUCCUCCCCGCCAAGCUAGUGUGUCGGCCCCGUGACCCCAAGAAACGUGUGAUCCCCCCAGACCCCCUAGGACGUAAUUGUACACACAUAUAAAUACCUGUGUUUUAUGUUGAUAUAGAUAUAUACUGUAAAUAGCAUAUAUACUUGAGCAAUAUAUAUGUUAAUAUAUACCGUGUGAGCGUGCACACACGUGUGUGCGUGUAUGUGUGGGCGUGAGGGCCUCCGCCCUGCUGUGUCUGCCGUGCACACAGGCACGUUUUGAGCCACCAUGUAUUUUUAAUUCAAGUAUAUAGGCAAUACGAUGAUCAGAGAAGCUGGCUGGCUGCCUCGGCCCUGACUUGAGAGAAUCAGACCAGCAACCGAGAACAGAGCCCCAGGGUAGGGGUUGAGGGUCCCUACCCCCUCCUCCCUGAAUCUCCUUUGAAAGCUGGGAUCCAGCCCCUCCCUUUAGUUCCAUUUCCAAGGCCCCUGGACACCCUUGUUUUAUUUUGGGGACAGGGCCAUAAAGGGGAAGCGCGUUUGAAAAGGAACAGCCCCUUCGCCAUUGCCCAGUCCAGGUCUGCUUCCACCCCGCAGCACCUCCAUCACUGGAUUUCUUUCACCUGCAAGGUUAGAAGCCACAGGUUCUUUCCUCGGGUCUCCUCCUGGGGACUGGCCCCAGGUAACCGAGAAAGAGAUGGAAGCCCUGGACAUUGUUUCCUUGAGAGGUUGGUGCAAGGAUUCGGCUCUCCAGGUUACACUGGUGUGUAUCCAACCCAUGGGCUGGGAACCCCACCCUCUGUUUCCCAGCCCUCCCCAUCCUCUUGCCAUGCGGGGAGGCCAGAGCAUCCUCAGUGUCUAUGUGCCCAUGAGCCAGUGACUUGAUGUCCAGCAGUCUGGGGAAGAGAAAAUGAUCACCCCACUGGCUGGCUGCCCCCAGGGGUCUCCAGACCCACAGGGAGGCGGCCCGAAGCGGCCCUGUUGAGCUGAGACGCUCUUGGCUCGGGCUUACUGAGCAUGGAGCCCCGGAGCCGCCACCAGGGUCCCAGCUGUGUCUCGUGUGCGCUGUUCCCUGGUAAGAAAAGCGCAAACUGUCUCACCGCCCCCUCACUCCUCACCUGCCUCAUCCGUGAACACAGGGUGAGAGGUUAAGGUAGGGAGAGUGAGGGAGAUGGGGAGUCGAGACCCCCACUUUGCCCCCACCCCCCGUUAUGAAAAUCUGCCUCUUUGGUUCAACACUCAACUUGCACUCCCCUGGCUCCUAAGAAACCCCUUUCCACCUCAGCCCCAGUCCUGGCGCAGCAGAGACUCAGCAGUGCCCACUCGACACCCCCUCUCUCCACGGGGGUCUCCAAAGCCCCCUAGGAGGUGGUGCCCUCCCCACUGCCCUCCACCCAGAACACCCAUCCAAGCAGGAGAGGCUCACAGCCCUCCCUUCCCCAGGAUUCAGGGGUCCCAGAACCCCCGAAGCACCAGCAUUCUCCCCCUCCCGUCAGCUCCAGGCCCCAGGCCCCCGGUGGGGAGGGAGGGACCGGGUGACCUGGAGCUGGCCACUGUGACCUCCCCAUUCGGGCAGCGCACCACACAGUGACCAGUGUGGUGUGCCCAGAAGAUACAUGGUCGGCUGGGGCAUGUCCCCUGGGAGGUGACAGAGGAGGAGGCCUCAGAGCUUGGGACAGGAGGCUCUGGGGUGACAGGAAGGGCCAGGCCCCGACCCCAAGCCAAGGGCACCAUUUGCCUGAUGACUGAAGAUGAACCUGCCCACCCGCCACCAGCGCCUUCCAGUCACAGUUCCCAGCCACCCUGGGCCACCUUUCUGAGUCCCUGGAUCAGGAUGUGGGCACAACCAGGGCCCGUCCCAGCCCCAGCUACGAGUGGGGACCUUCCAGGUGGUGGCUGAUGAAGGUGUAUGGCCACUUCCCUGAGUGAAAAUGGUAGGGGCAUAGAAAGGAAGUGCCCCCAGUCUGUCUGCCCAGCCAGGGCUGGGGAGUCGUCAGCCUGCCACUGUCAUGGCCGCCAUGAAGUGGAGUCAGCUGUUGACUUGACAAACAGCCUGGGGGAGGGAGGUCGAUGGGGUCUCCCAACAGUGGAAAGACAGGGGUUUUGGCUUUUCAGGUUUCCUGGAUGCUGUGCUGAGGCAAGGGCGAGGCCUGGAGUGGGCAGUAGGCUCUAUUCAGAGAGGCUGCCUGGGAGGGGCGUGACCAAGAUGGCGGACGGUGGUCAGCCCAGCAGAGGGCAGGCUUGGGAAGAGUGGCCGGGACUUGUGAGGGGAGUUGAGCCCUGGUAUAGCUAGAUAGCUUUUCUUACACUCCAGUUUCUUUUCCUUUCUUUCAUUUUUCAAAUUAGAGGCAGCAAAAGGAUUCUUUUCCAUAGACCAAGGGAGAAAGCUGUGGGGUGGGCUAUGGCCUUCAGCUUUGAAACCCAAAUCCUCCGGGAAAGCCUGUUUUCUUGGGAGGGGAGGAUGGGAGCUGUGGGCUGAGGCAACCUCUGCCCUUGGAGCUGAAGGCCCGGGAACGGCCUGGAAUGGAGGUAGAAGCCUGUGGCCUGGCCCGUGGCUUCCGUGGGCAACCUGGAGGUGAGGGGGCUUGUGGCUCUUGGUUCUUGGUCGGGCAGGCUGUGAGAGUGAGAAGUGUUGGGAGUCAGAGCAGCGUUGGCACACGUGUGUGUAAAUGUGCAUGUGAGUGUGAACGUGUGCUGUGUCAACACUGGUGUAUAUGGGAGCACACACCUGCAGAGCCCAAACUUGAGCAAAAGGACUGACUCGUUCAGUAUUUCAAGGCCUCGGUGUAUUCUUACUGUGGGCCACAUGCAGAAUUGAAGGGGUGGGGAUGGCAGGCCUCGAACUCCCCUUGACUUUGUUAAGACCGCUCCGGGGAGGGGGCAGGCUUCCCCGGUGGCCCAGACGGCAGAGUGCCUGCAGCACGGGAGACCCGGGUUCGAUCCCUGGGUCGGGAAGGUUCCCUGGAGGAGGAAAUGGCAACCCAUUCCAGUGUUCUUGCCUGGAGAACUCCAUGGACAGAGAAGCCUGGCAGGCUACAGUCCAUGGGGUGGCAAACAGUCGGACACGACUGAACUACUGACACUGGGGAGAGGUCAGAGGGGUCCCCAUGGGGCCCUGCUCCACCCUGCAGAGGCCCGGUGGUCCACGCGGCCAGCCCCAAGGGCUAGAUCUGCCCAGCAGACUCCUCAGAAGCAGCCAGCCCUGAAGACAGUAUUUACAAGGAGAGGUUCUGGGGGCCAGUGCCCCCCUUGCCUAUUGGGGCUCAUCCACAGAGAGCGUCCAUCCAACAAGGCCAGAGUGGGGGGCAAGGAGCUUGUGGAAAACAGGCCAAAUUCAGGUCCCGGGGCAGAGGCCAAGCCUAGUGCAUCUUCCUGUCCACUGCUUCAGCUUAUCUUGUUCAGAAAACGGUCCAGGGAGAGCAGGGCAGCAUUGGCUCCAAAACUGGAGGUGGAGUGGAGAGGCUAACGGCAAACAAAAUCCCAAGCUCUCCUCCUGCUCUUUGCCAAAACCAUUUCCGUUAUCCCGAGACGGGGGUGAGUGGCUGUUGGCUGCACAGCGGGGUUGAGAGGCCUCUGCCCUGCCCGGGGCCUUGCCUUGGGGGUCUGGCACACCCCGGGUCACCAGCAGUACCAGUGGCACUUAGAUCUAUCUGUCCCACGUUCUGGGCACGGGGAGAACAGAGCAGCCCUGCCCAGGGCCCUCACGCUUUCUUUCUUUCUUGAAGAAACACAAAACCCUCGAGAUUCAUGUACUGUAUGACGGAGAGAAAAAAAGUACCUAAUGUUCCCCCCAAAAAGACAGUAUAUUUUGUACUUUGUAAAGUGUUCAUUAAAAUGGAAGAAAAAACAAAUGA